GACUGUUUUCGAAAAUGUGUUUCGGUCCUUCAGAUAACCAACUGUUGGCCGUGAGUAUUGUUACGGCAGGGAGGUGUGUUGUUUCGUCUGGAAUGAAGGGGGUUUGAUUUUGCAGGCUCGCUUUUGCCGCCUGAUCUGCAACGUGGUUGCAGGAUUGGUGUCGUUCUAUUUCUGUGGCCGCUUUUCUUUGGUUUUUUUGUUGGUGUGCCUUUACAUGGGUAAUUGUCGUUGCCCCUGAUCUGGAGUGGAUUUCUUGAGUGAUUCUAAGGAUAAGUGAGGAGUCCUUGAGUUUCCUGAUUUCAUGCGGGAGGGGACUUCUGUUCUUGAAUUUGUUAGCUCCAAUGGCUCCUAAGGACCGAGGAUUCCAAAAAGGUGCCUUUUCAACUGUGACAACAGAUCUGAUAUCAUUUGGUGUCUGCGAGGCGCACGACCUCGGUUUCUCGGCGCAUGCGCGCCUUUUCUCUUCAGAGUGAAGCCCUGUAACCAGGUAGCAUAGACUAGAGGCCACUUGAGGAAAAUUGCUCAAGCGUUUUGCUGGGCAUUGCAAAGAGAUUUCACUCCACUGGAAAGGUGCGGAGCCAAGACGAGCAUGGAUGUGCAGACCUGUGCGUCUGGAUUCCUCUCUGACGAUCCUUGGAAGUUCAUGGAGGCCUUGCAGGUUCUUCAGGAUGGCUGGUUGGAUUCGCGCGAUUCGCAAAGCGAGGGUGUGCGCUUUGCCAGAGCUAUGCAAGAGCUGGCCAUCUACAGACAGGGUUCAGUCAUCAAGAAGCUGACCACGCUGUUGCUUCAAGAGGAGGACUCCAAAUCCAAAGCCUUCAGUAGUGCAUGCCUCAAAGCUGUCAGCGAAUGGCUUUUCGCGCAUACAAGUCCAGGGCAGGUCGUGACACCUAUGCUCAUUCCACAUACAAAAGAUCCUCAACAUCAGGCUACUUCAAUCCUGGUCCUCUCGAGGUUGAUAAACAGCAAGGUAGUAGCGCAAAUGUGCCUGACAGAACACAGCUUUGUUGAGAAGCUGGCGCGUUCUCUCCAGAAAUCUGUAGCGCGCAUUGAGGUGGUCAGCGCUUUUCCCCGAGAGAUCAUUUGUACUCUUCAAGGUAUCUGCAGUUUUGCGCACGCAUCGAAGGUGUUUCGGCAAUGCAUGCAAGCAAUCCACAUGAAUCUGCUACCUGCGGUCCAAAGGCUGUUUUCGGAGGACUACAUCUUUUUAAGCGAGGACGACCUCUACGCGUCAACGGAGUCACUGGCCAGACUCAUUGAAACUUUAGCACUCUCAUCGGACAGCCGAGUAUGGAUGAUCAAUGCAGGGUAUCUUCAAGUUUUGGCAGAGCUCUUCCGUUCCGAGAGGCUCACCAACGAAACGAAGGAACAAGUGGUAAACAGAUGUGCUCUCUCGCUGUUGCGGUUGUUCGAGUCAAAGGAGUGUUUAAAAGCUAUGAGGGAGACUGAUGUGCUCUCGCUUCUGAAACCAUACUCCAGUCUGUUGGACAAUAAGCUUCCUAACUUCUGGAGGCACGUUGAGAGCAAGCUGCUGGAUGACGCGUACAGCAAAAUAGAGGCUCUGGCAGAAUUACACCCCAUAUUGAAGUCGCUGAGAAGAGCCGACUUUGCUAUUCCUACGGUCUGCUCGUGGAGCGGUUGUACUGCUUUAGAAUCGGUCUCAACACCAACUUUCAGUAAGUGCGGGCGAUGCGGUGUGGUACCAUACUGCAGCAAAGAGCACCAGAAGCUUCAUUGGCCAGCGCACAAGGAUCACUGUCUUCCGAAAGGAGCAAAACCUUUCGGACACUGAAUGCGACCAAUGUCCUUUGAUAAUGAACCAGCCGUGAAACGAUAGAAGCCAUUUUAUUAACGGGUGCAUGAGGCAUGCGAAGGGCAGCUUUUUCGCGUAGAUGGAUCUUGUAGAAGCUCUCCAUAGCCUCUCCAUAGAGCGUCAGCGUCAGAAUUACUCAGAGCUGUAUAUCUUAGAAGCGCACGUGUGAAAGGAAAUGCCAACUCGUGCAUCCGUUGGUCGACAGGCUACGAUCUACGUGCUUCAAACCUCUCGGAACAUGUUACUACCUCUGCAACGGUUCCGAAUCUGCGGCCCCGCGACACG